GUGGGCAAUACAAGAUAGCUCGUUCCUUGUGCUUCUCCCCUCGUUGACUCCAGUUAUGCACCAAGAACAUUUGCGUCCGUGAUAUCCUGCACAACUGAAGACUUGUGCGGCUAGCUGAAGAGCGUCUCCCAUCAGCAAGCUCGCUUGAUCGCUGGCUGAAAUACUGCAGAUCUCAUCUAUUACCAAGGAACAGGCAAACUGCCGCUUCCUGUUCUGCAAAUCUUGUCUUCAUAUGCUGCUGGCACAUGGAUUACCAAGGAAACAAUCUUAAUGAUUUCUUUCAAACUAAUGGGCAUUUGGUACUUAAAAGUGUGGACAACAACUAUAAACUGCGAUCCUUCACCGAAAAGGAGAUAAAGCACAUUACGAAAAGAUAUAGCACUUUGCUUGGUAGUGGCUCGUUCGGUGAUGUCUACAAAGGAAGAUUAGAUGAUCAACGCCCAGUCGCAGUAAAGAGAUACAAAAAUGGAACCAAUAAAGAGGAGUUCGCCAAGGAGGUGAUAGUGCACUCCCAGAUAAACCACAAGAAUGUUGUCAAAUUGUUAGGAUGCUGCAUAGAGGAAAAUGCUAUUAUGAUUGUUAUGGAGUUUAUCUGUAAUGGAAACCUCUACAACAUCCUUCACUGUGGCAAUGCUGAUGGUCCUAUCCCUUUUCAUUUGCACAAACGUUUGGACAUCGCCAUUGAGUCAGCUGAAGCGCUAUCAUGUAUGCAUUCAAUGUACAGUCCUGUCCUUCAUGGUGACAUUAAACCUGCCAAUAUACUGUUGGAUGGAAAGUACUUGCCAAAGCUAUCUGAUUUUGGAAUAGCAAGAUUGCUUUCUACUGACGAGGCCCAGCGUACCAAAACUGUUAUUGGUUGCAUAGGUUAUGUGGACCCUUUGUUUUGUCAGAGUGGGAUUCUCACUACAAAGAGUGAUGUAUACAGUUUUGGAGUUGUUCUGUUGGAAAUGAUCACCCGAAAGAAAGCGACGGACGGGGCUACUAGUCUUACUCAAUGUUUCUCUGAGGCCCUGGGUAGAGGGAAGAAGGUGAGACAACUGUUUGAUGUGGAAAUUGCCAAUGACAAGAACAUUAAGUUGAUCGAAGAUAUUGCAAAGCUAGCAGCUACAUGCUUGAGACUGGAUGAUAAAAUGCGUCCGACAAUUGUUGAGGUAGCAGAUAGACUUAGGAGGAUUAGAAAAGCUCUCCCCCAGCGCAAGAGUGAAAGCUCUACAGGCAUCAACAAUGGGCUCAUAAGAAGAGGAAAGGCAGAGGAUGUACCAACUAUUUCCCUUGAUGAAAUGAAGAAAAUAACAAGAAACUUUAGUAAUGGUGCUUUAAUAGGAGAGAGCUCACAAGGCAGAGUUUUCUUCAAAGUGUUAAAAUAUGGACCGGAAUAUGCAUUCAAGUCUUCUCAAGAAAUUGAUUUGAAGAUUGAAGCGAUUUCAAGACUGAAACACGAGAACGUUGUCCAACUUCUCGGGUAUUGGGUCGAAGGAGACAAAUAUGUUCUUGCUUACGAGUAUGCAUCGGGGGGCACUUUGCAUGAUAUUCUUCACAGCGAGGAUGGGUGCGAUCGCGGCGCUAUGUGUGAAUUACAAUCCAGAUCUCCGACCAAACAUGAGCACUGUCGUCAAGGGUCUGAGACAAUUGCUACACAGCGAGCCAUGUGACUUGGUGGCAUGAAAUAUACACAUUGAAGAGGCUUUGAUGUCCGUGACAUUGUCUCUGGCCGAGCUGCACAAGAUCUCGAAUUUUGAUGGCCCUAUUAUAUG